AUGUCCACACCAUUACAGGCUGUUGAUCUUCUUAAUGACUUGUACACACUGUUUGACAAGACGAUUGCUAACUACGACGUCUACAAGGUAGAAAUGAUAGGAGAUGCAUAUUUGGUGGCUUCAGGACUGCCAGUUCGUAAUGGGCGACGCCACGCGGGUGAGGUUGCCAUGAUGGCUCUCAACCUCCUCAGUGCUUGUGGGACCUUCAUCAUUAAGCACAUACCGGAGGUGCCCUUGAGGUUACGCAUCGGUCUGCAUAGCGGUAAGUUGGAUGAAUACCUGGUCUAG